GUAUUAUCGUGUAUAUAUAUAUUUAGCCGCCCGCAGCAGUCGGAAUUUUAUGCAAGAUUUGUCAAUAAAUUGAAACUAAUACGAUAUGCUUUCAUCAACAGAUCUCAGCCGCAAGGAGAACACCGCACCGUCUGCGACCGCCGGAGAGAUACAGCGCGGCCUGCAGCGCAGCAUACUCAAUGUCAAGCGCGAAGAGCAGAAGCUGCAGCUGCCCGGUUCACGGCGCAAGCGUUUGUCCGUAUCCGAGGUAUCCGACAUGCUGUUCGAGUUUUACAAAACCAAAUCGGCCAAGGCACCGAAGCAACAGCAGCCGCAGCAGCUGCAACAGGAUCCGGUCGAGCUGAGUAAGUACGGACAGGUGUCGCCCACCUCGGCAGAGACGCUGGAGCCGUCCAGCAUUGCAGCGAUUGCCGUUUAUGGUGCUGCCUCCGAGACGGCUUCAAAAAACUUGAUGGCUGAUGAAAUGCAACAACUAAGCGCUGCCGCUGGCGCUGGCUCAUUUCAUCCACGCCUCAAAUAUUCACUGAAGACAGCGGCUGGCGCCAAUGCGGUGCCCGCAGAGCUUAGCCUUGUUCCCGGUGUAACGGCCAUACCCACCUCCGUGCUGGUGGCCAAUGCGGCAGCUGCAGCAGCAGCACCGGCCCACAAGCCGCCCGCUGCGGCGAUCGCUGAGGCGCUGAUGCGCAACGGGCUGCACAGCUUCCAGCAGCAGCUGCGCGCCCAGGAGAUCCUGCGCCAGCAGACGCCGCAGCGUCGUUUGCCGGACGAGCCGGACAACAAUAUUGGCGGCAACGAUGUGACACCCACCAAAAUAUUGGAGAAUCUGUUGCGCAAGCAGCAGCAGCGCGAUAUGCGGCACUCGGAGUGCGAAAAUGAACCGGGCUCUUCGACCGAGGAUGAGGAAGAUGCACGCUUUAAUGCCUUCGAGGAUAUACAGCUGAUGGAUCAGUCGGGCACCGUUGCUGGCGGUAAGUUUGGCAACUAUACGCUGAACAUGUUCGCCUCGAAUGCCAACAGCUCAUCCGGCUCGCUUAAGGAGGCACAGGCGCAGGCCUUCCGCCAGCUGGAGUUCACACUGAGCGACUACGGGGGCAGCAGCAGCAAUUGCAGCACCACCAGCCCCAAUGGCAUUGGACUGGACGGGGAGCCCGUCUACGAGUGCCGUCAUUGUGGCAAAAAGUAUCGCUGGAAGUCUACGCUGCGUCGUCACGAGAAUGUCGAGUGUGGCGGCAAGGAGCCGGCCCAUCAGUGCCCCUACUGUCCCUACAAGUCCAAGCAACGCGGUAAUCUGGGCGUUCAUGUGCGCAAGCAUCACACGGAUCUGCCGCAGCUGCCCAGCAAGCGUCGUUCCAAGUACUCCAUGAACAUGGAGGGCGGCGCCGGCGGCAUGAGCCUGAGCGGCUCCAUCUCGGACGAUUCGCAGGGCAAGCUCAUCAUUGACUGCAAUAAGUGAUUGCGAAUUUCAAGCUUUUUACAUUUGUCACAUACGAUUCAUCAUAUACCAAAUACACACAGACUACUACAUACUCUAUGUGGGCGGGGCACUGAGGGGAAACGAUUGUAACUUCCACUUAAAUUUAUUAUGUUUUUGCACCGUAUGAAGCAAGGAUUGUCUCCGUUUUUUUUUAAUUUGUCUUUGGAAAACAAAGUUAUGAAUUAUCUCUUGUCAAUUUAUGUGUCAUCCCCAAGAAAAAACAAAAACAAAAAAUCAACAAAUAUUUUAUGUUUAAUUGUAAUAAUAUUAAAAUAAUUUAUGUUUUAUAAGGAGUGCAAACAAUUCUAAUCAAGCAUAUAAUCAAAAUCGCAAAAGAAACCAAUUAGUAUUAAGACAUCAAUAUUUUCAAAUGCAACGUAUUAUUUACAACAAUUUUAUAGAUAUAAUAUGUAUAUGUAUUUCCAGAAAAAAGCACACGAAAUGCGAGUCGACGUUGAUAUUUUGCAAAUUGAUAUUUUAAUUGACCUAAGCAAAUAUUUUUGUAUGGACUUUUAUGAGUUAAGCGAUUCCCGACCACAUUCAGAUACAUGUUAGACUAUAUUAUGCAAGGCCCCAUCAAAUAUCCGCCGAACAUAUCCAUUAACAAUAAAAGGCCAAAAGAAUUAGCGUUUUAUUUGCCUAAGAUCCUUAAAGCCAAUUUGGCGACAAAUUUUACAUCUUGCCCAAUUUUCCACCAUACUCAACAUUGUCCAUGCCCAAAGAUCUCUUUUGAUAUAUUUAUUUAGUUGCGCUUUAUUCCUUGAGCCUGGCCCCAUCCUUGACUGCCUAAGCGAUCUCCUCGAUUUAUGCCAUAUUAGGUAUUUAUUUUAUUUAAAAUUUUGACUGAUUAUGAGCUAAUCAUUCUUACAUUAUAGUUAUAGAAUCGCAAAUCGAUUAUGGAUUGAACAAAUUUAUUAUUUUAAAAACCAAAAUCUUUCAUUUUAUGCAUAACAUUGACUUUUUGAGACUGAAAGCAAUUAUAUUUAGGGCUUUUAUUUUACAAUAA